AUCACGAUGUUACUGCUCAUUGGCGCAACUGGCGCAGGCUGCACGUGCUUGAUCAAGCCUUCAGAGCACGCCCAAGCCUGCGCAACCCUCAUGGAAAAACUAAUUCCUCGAUACCUUGACUCAGAUGCCUAUGCCGUCUGCCUCGAGGCCGUUGAAGAGACCACACAUUUUCUAUACGGGUAGCGCGACUGUCGGAUGGAUCGUUGCUGAGGCAGCAGCGAAGAGUCCCGCAACCUUUCCGUCUGUCAUCUUGUUGGAAUUAAACAUAAAGUAGUAAAAUAAGAUCGGAGGCACGCUGCCUCAACUGUAAGUAUACCUACCCUACUUGGCAGGUAAAAUAACACCUCCGUGCAAGUGCUCCGGCACAUGGGCCUUGA